GCAGAGUUAAGAAUAUAGCAGUUGUAAUCUUAAACGUAGUCGUUUUAGUUCUCCCGGAUAUUGGAAUGGGCAUGCUUAGUUAAGAGAGGCGGUUAAACAUCAGACUUCAAAAACCCUUACUACAGUAGGGUUUAUGAUCCGAGAUUGUUAGUGCCAAAUGGAGAAAUCACAAUUUGGAACAACGUCAUUCUGUUUCUCUCCUCAACCUCAUCGACAUCUCAAGAGUGAAACUUAUCGCUCUUUGAUUCGAAUCCUGUCGCACUGCUAUGAUCACUCUCCAGUUUCAGCUCCCCAGGAGCCAAUUCCAGAGAUACGUGAGCAAGGUGAAUUGGUCGGUCCUGAUUGUGCAGUGCCUGAGAAUGAAGACGCAGUUGUCAAGGAAACCUUUGAAGCUGGUGACACGCUAAUUGUAAAUGAUGAGAUAGAUCAUAUAUUAGGAAUAGAAGAAAAUGAUGAUUUUUUGAAAAGGGACCCAAUGACUAGUGAUAUUGCUGACGGCACUGGUUCCCAAGACAUGGGAUUUGAUCGGCAACAAAUGUUGAUGGAUGAAUUAGAGCAUAUUGUAAAAGGAAAUGGAGAACUUGUUCAAGAGAAUACUAGUAGUGUCUCAGCAGCAUCUAUGGAUGAGAACCAGAGUGGUGAGGCUGUCUUGAUGAAUGACCCAAAAGAAAAUGUUGACUUUGAGCAAAUUGUUAAUGAGAAAUUUGGGAAAGAGGCUCAGCUACAAGUAGAGAAAAUACAAUGUAAUCUAAAGAUUUCUGAACCAGUUGAUUUUUCUGUAGAUAGAAGUAUGCAUUGUCAACUUCCAAAACCGAGUGACGAAAGUGAAGGCGGGUGUUCUUUAUUGAGGACUAAUGCCGUGGAAGCAGAGCCUGAAAUGCGGCCAAAAGAGAUGGUACCAGAGAAAUUAGUUCAUACUGAUGGUGCAAUGGUUUCCUAUAAUUAUGUGGCCAAAGAUGUAGAUGUUGAAGAGAAAGAAGUUUCUGGUGGCUUUGAGGUUGAUGAAGCAUCAAUUGAUAUGCUUUUUAAAAGUGCUGUGUUGUCAGAGGAGAAGAAAGAUAGGUUGCAAGUUUCUGAAGAUGUAAUUGAUAAAAGAGAGUUUUCUUGUGAUGAACAAAACAGAGCUAAUGAAAUAUUUUCUGAUCCUGCUGCUUUUACUGUGAAUCAUGCCAAUAUUGGUAGAGCAAUGGAACUCAAAGAAAGUUUCAGAAAUGAUAAACAGUGUGAAUCCAAAAACUUUGUGCAUGGAACCUCAAAGAUGGCUACAGAUGAAGAGAGGUAUACUUCUGUGCCAGCAGCUGGAACAAAUAAAAGGAAAUCCAGUGGAGAUGAGGGGAGUGUUGCUUGUCCAGCAAUAUAUCCUAACAAUCCAACAAUGCGUGUGGAAGUCUUAGAGCUAAGCGCAACUGAGAAGCGAGGAAUUACAUCUGAAGAGAAGCUGGAUUCUAGUGUCCGUAAUAAGAAAAAGCGAAGUGCUCCCUCAAAGGAAAGGAAAGCAAAGAAAAAGCAAAAAGAACGAAAAAAGCGAGCAGAAAAGAAUCGACAGCUUGGCGUUAAAAGGUUGAAACUGCGUCCGGUUCUGAAACCAAAAACUGUAACGUAUUGCCGUCAUUACCUUAUGGGAAGAUGCCAGGAGGCUGACAAUUGCAAAUUUUCACAUGAUGCAGUACCUUUAACAAAGUCCAAGCCAUGCUGUCAUUUUGCACGUAACUCCUGCAUGAAGGGGGAUGACUGUCCAUUCGAUCAUCAGCUCUUUAAGUAUCCCUGUAACAACUUUGUGGCUAAAGGCUUUUGCAACAGAGGUGGUGAUUGUAUGUUUUCACACAAGGUGCUACCCAAGGAAGAUGGCCCUUCCACUUCUAGUGCUUCCAAACAUGAACUGAAGCUUCCAUCCCUGGUUCAUAUGUCCAAUUCCCAGAAGCAAGCAAACAUUGAUCCAUUCUCCCAUCAGAACCUUGAUGCUUUAUCCAACUGUAGAAAAGUUUCUUCAUGCAAAAAUACAGAACAGAAUGUGGCAGUGCCUGUGCAACAACCUGCAGUGGCACCCAAAGGUGUAAGUUGUCUCUUCUUUGGGAAAUCAUCAUUGCUUGAAUCCAGUAAACUUAAACAAGGCAGCUCAUCUCCAAAGAGGAAUGGCAGUGGCAAAGUUGGGAAUCAGACUGAACAAACUGCAUUGAGCACUGUUCAAAAUAUGAAUGAAACGCCAAAGAGAACACCACCUGUAGCCGCACCAAAGGGUGUAAAUUUUCUUUCAUUUGGCAACACUCCAGUGGCAGAUUCCGGUAGUAAAAAAUUAGCUAGCUUGCUUUUGAGUAGGGAAAAUGGUGUAAAAUCAUCGCUAUUAAACAAUUUCGGUGUAAAUAAACAAGCUGGCUCAUCGCACAAUGGAGAAAAUAAUGUCAAGGUUGGGAACCAGAAAACCCAAACUAUGUCAAGUGCAACUGAAAAUUCAAAAGAGAUGCUGAAGAAAACUCAUCCUGCAUUCACUCCACAGGGACUGAACUUUCUCUCUAUCAGAAAAGCUUUAACAGAUGACUCUAUUAGUAAUAAACAAGCUAGUUUGCCUUCCAGUUCGGAUAAGGGUAUCAAUAGAUUGCUUGAAGAGAGUCAAAAUACCCCCAAUGAACAUCAAAACUCUACUGCAAUUCCACGGAGGCCCCUGGCUUCCCUACUUGCUGUAGGUCACUCUUCAGAUCUAGCAUGUGGGCACUCUAAAGGCACUCCAAACUCAUCUCAGAGGGCACUCAUGUCGACUCUAGCAUUUGCAGCAAAGAUUGAAACUGAAAGGAAAAUAAAUCUGUCUGCACUCAGUACUGGGUCCAAUAAUCAAACAAGAGAUGAUGAUACUGGCAGUGGUGCUGGUACCAGUGGAGGUCAACUUAAUGACUUAACAAAAGGUUCAAAAAUUUUAGACUUCUUGUCUAGUCUUGGCAAAACAAAGCAGUAAACACGAGUGCCAACUGUUUCAUGAAGUAUAUGCUUGAGAUGCAGUUAGAUCACAGGUCAUGUGACUGAUUCUUAAAUGUUUAUAGUCUUGGUCUUUGUACACUUUUUGACAGAUUGAUCCGGCUGCUGCUGUCACUUGUAUUCUGUCACCAAAUAAGCAGGUUGGCCACAUGUUUGAAGGCUGCACAUUUGGUAUCUUGAUGAAACCCAGUCUCAGGUGUGGAUGCUAGGAGCUCAGCAGCCCGAGAUUCUCCAGCUCUUAUUAAUCUCAGUUUGGCUAAUUGUGCAUAAUUCUGUUUGUUGAUUUUAGCUCGGUGAAAAUCCAAUCUUUUGUGAUUACCAUCUUAAAGUUUAGAUAUGGCUGUUUUACUUUUAAGUUCCAAUGAACAAGAUUUAAGAGAGAAAAGGUGAGGCAUCAUCUUGUUCGGUGGAGAGAAUAUCUGAAUUCUCUAUGUUACAAGUCUAUCAUCAAAUGGCAGAGAUCGACAGUUACUACUGUAUGUGCAGUGUCGAUACUGGACUGGCCCUUUGAUUAAAGGAUUAUUUUUAAAGCAAAAUCUUUACACAACGGGAAGCUCGUUUCCUUCAUUUUGAGGUAAAACUAAAAUAGGAUAUAUAUAUAUAUAUAUUUUUUUUGUUUUUCAUGAGAAAGGUCAUUGCAUUUGUGCUGCAAGUGCAAUGAUAUGAAGGUUCUUUGGAGUUUGGAUCAUGCAUGUCCAAACUCUAAGCUGCGUUUGUCAGUAGGAUUGGGCUGCAUUAUCGGAACUCUGCAUAAUUUGACACAUUCAUGGAUUGGACAUUAUUUUUCAAUGGCCAACCUGAUCUUUUAUCCCAUGGAAGGGAGAUGGGUUAGAUUUGAUAUGAUGGACCUGCUGGUAUCUUCCUCAAUCUAAUUAAAAUCUAAGCCAUAAUCUUUAGUCCAUUCCUGCGCACCAAAGGUUGGUCGAUUUUAACCAUUGUUGGAUAGCCUCAGAUAAAUAAGCAUUAAGUUAUAAGGUUAUCUGUAAGAGCAUGAUCCAAAGAUAUCUUGUACUGUAAUGCCGGUUGAUUAAGAUUUAAGAUGGUGGCAUGCAGCAUGAUGCCAGUCGUACUACUAUUAUUCUUGGAUCUGGUGAAGAGUUGAAAAAAGUUUUGCUGUCAAUGUUGUCUAAAAUCCUGAAACCAAAAAUUAAAUUACAUUUGUACCAUAGUGUAGUACUCAUUUAGAUUAUUUCACAUUUAGGCAUUUCCAUGUGAAGUGAUAUGUGUUGUACAGUUGG